UCUUCAUUUGUAGUCUNUUUUUUUUUUUUAUUAUUAUUAUUUAUUUAUUUAGGGGAAUUUGAGCUUCCAUUUGAAAUUUCAUAGAUUAUCCUCACUCUCCCUGUUCAGAUAGACACACAUAGUUAGAAUUGUUUGCUGCUUCAUUUACCUAAGCCCAUGGAUAUAAGCAACGAGGCACGAGUCGACUCGUUCUCGAUCGGCCCCUCGACCCUUUUCGGCCGAACAGUCGCAUUCAGAGUCUUGCUCUGCAAAUCCAUCUCCCACUUGAGGCAUCAAAUUCUUGGGAUGCUACUACUUCACUUCUACAAAACCAAAAGCUUCCUAAAUCGCUACUUAUCGCCCGUAAUCUCGUGGUUCCACCCUCGAAACCCACAGGGCAUACUUUUAAUGGUCACAAUCUUAGCUUUCGUGCUCAAACGCUGCACGAACGUAAAAGCACGAGCCGAAAUGGCCUACCGGCGAAAAUUCUGGCGAAACAUGAUGCGGGCCGCGUUGACUUACGAGGAGUGGGCCCACGCUGCGAAAAUGCUCGACAAGGAGACUUUGAGAAUGAACGAAUCCGACCUUUACGAUGUAGAGCUCGUGAGGAACAAAGUACAAGAGCUUCGCCAUAGGCGGCAAGAAGGUUCUUUUCGAGACAUUAUAUUUUACAUGAGGGCCGAUUUGGUCAGAAACCUCGGCAACAUGUGUAAUCCCGAGCUUCACAAAGGAAGGCUCCACGUGCCGAAGCUAAUCAAAGACUAUAUAGACGAAGUCGCCACACAGUUGAGGAUGGUGUGUGAUUCUGACUCUGAGGAGCUUCUUCUAGAAGAAAAACUCGCUUUCAUGCACGAGACUCGACACGCCUUCGGCCGAACGGCUUUGCUUUUAAGCGGGGGAGCCUCGUUAGGAGCUUUUCACGUGGGAGUCGUUAAAACUUUAGUCGAGCACAAGCUUUUGCCUCGGAUAAUAGCUGGGUCGAGCGUCGGGUCCAUAAUGUGCUCGGUUGUGGCGACUCGUUCUUGGCCCGAGCUCCAGAGCUUUUUCGAGGAUUCUUGGCACUCGAUCCAGUUUUUCGAUCAGAUGGGUGGGAUUUUCACCGUCUUCAAACGGGUCAUGACUCAUGGCGCGGUUCACGAAAUAAGGCAGUUGCAGAUGAUGUUGAGAAAUCUGACGAAUAAUCUGACUUUUCAAGAGGCGUAUGACAUGACGGGACGAAUCUUGGGGAUUACCGUUUGUUCCCCGAGAAAGCACGAGCCUCCUAGAUGUCUUAACUAUUUGACCUCGCCACAUGUCGUGAUAUGGAGUGCAGUCACGGCUUCUUGUGCUUUUCCCGGGCUUUUCGAGGCCCAGGAGCUGAUGGCUAAGGAUAGGAGUGGGGAGAUUGUGCCUUACCACCCGCCAUUUCAUUUGGGGCCCGAAGAGGCUUCCUCAGGGGCCUCGGCCCGUAGGUGGAGAGAUGGGAGUUUAGAGAUUGAUCUUCCCAUGAUGCAGUUAAAGGAGCUUUUUAAUGUGAAUCAUUUUAUUGUGAGCCAGGCGAACCCGCAUAUUGCGCCAUUGCUGAGGGUGAAGGAGAUCGUUAGAGCUUAUGGAGGAAAUUUUGCUGCAAAGGAAUACUCGUAUUUAUUUCUUGAUUCUGUCCCUUUUUCUCUUCGGAACAUUCGGAACAGGCUCAAUGCCAUUUUCACCUUGGAUCUUGCUCAUCUAACGGAGAUGGAGGUAAAACACAGAUGUAAUCAGAUAUUGGAGCUCGGUUUUCCACUCGGGGGACUUGCCAAGCUAUUUGCUCAGGACUGGGAAGGCGAUGUCACUGUCGUAAUGCCUGCUACUAUAUCUCAGCUGUCGAAGAUAAUACAGAACCCGACUUACGUGGAGCUUCAAAAGGCCGCGAACCAAGGCCGCCGGUGCACGUGGGAGAAGCUCUCAGCCAUCAAAGCCAACUGCGGAAUCGAGCUCGCGCUCGACGAGUCGGUCACCGUUCUCAACCACAUGCGCCGAGUCAAACGCAGCGCCGAACGGGCCGCCUCGUCAUCCUCCGGCGGGCCCCACCACGGGCCCACGGCCCGAUUCAGCGCCUCCAAACGAAUCCCAUCUUGGAACGUCAUAGCCCGCGAAAACUCUGCCGGAUCGCUCGAGGACUUCCCCCUCACCGGCGGCCGGCCGCCGGCCGCGGGCCACCGGCCCGAAGGCUCCGACACCGAGCCCGAGCCCAACGCCGCCGCCGACCUAACCUCGUGGACCCGAUCUGGCGGGCCCCUCAUGCGGACGACCUCGGCCGACAGGUUUGUGGACUUUGUGCAGAGCUUGGGUGGGCCCACGGGGAAUGGGCCGGAGCCCGAUGGGGGGAUUCGGGCCGGGUCGAGUAUUACGGUGGGUGAAGGGGAGCUUCUGCAGCCUGAGCGGAUUCAGAAUGGGAGUAUAGUUUUCAAUGUGGUGAGGAGGGAGGAUUUGACGCCGUCGAGUGGGAGCCAUGAGGGCUCGGUUGCAGAGUGUGUGCAGAUCGACUUGAUGGAGAGGGAGAUGGAUGAUGCGGGCUCGGGAUCGGGCUCGGAGAGCGGGGAAUUUGCCGGCGAUGAGAGUGUUUUGGAGGGUUGAACGGUGUGUUUUGUUACUGUUUGGGAUUUCAGAGUGUGUGUUUGUUGUUGUUGUUGUAAGAGAUGGCCAUUAGGGUUUAUGUUGGGUUGGCUUCUCUUUUUAGAUAAUAAAGCAGAGUUUGAGUUCUUGGAGUAGGUUUUAGAAGUGUGUUUUGUGUGUGUGUGUGUGUGUGUGUGUUUGAUUGUUG